AUGUCGAUUCUCAUUAAAAAUCAGAUAUUUAAUUUUGGAACUAAAGAUGGAAAACCAGCGGAUACUUUGUCGCGAAAACACUCAUAUGUUCUGCAGCCGGUAACUGGGAAAGCAAAGUACUCAAAGCUGCAUUCGAGUGAAGUUGCUGAUAGCAAACAACCAUUGCAGACGGCUGUUGUGAAUUUGGAUGAUGUUACAAUCAGCUUAUCUAAGGAUGGAUACAGAGAUAUGAUGAAAUUAGCAGACAACUUCGCUACAUUUAAUCAACGUCUAAAGUAUGCUCAUUUCCGUCCACUGGUGCCAGUAAAAGCUGAUUCCAGGUCUUGGUGGAAGUAUGCUUACAGAGCUGUAUCCGAUCAGAUGAAAAAGGCAAGUGGAAAAAUGUCAUGGGAGCAAGUUUUAAGAUACACAAGGUUGCAGAAGAGAUAUAUUUCUCUCUAUGCUUCAUUGCUUAAGUCUGAUCCCAGUCAGGUUACUAUUAGCGGAAGCAGAGAGAUUGAAGAUCUAGAUCGCGAACUUGAUAUUGAACUUAUACUGCAAUGGAGAAUGUUGGCGCACAAGUUUGUGGAGAAAUCAACGGAGUCAAAUCUUAAUGCGAGGAAACAGAAAGUGGGGAAAUCUUGGUGGUCAUUUGGAUGGAACGGUAACUCUCCUAAAGAGGAAACCGAGGAAUUCAAUUUCAAUGAAGAGGAUUGGAACCAGUUAAAUAAAAUGAUCGGGUAUAAGGAGGGUGAUGAUGGGAAAUCGGAUGUAAAUAGCAAGGCAGAUGUUGUUCAUAAAUUUGUACAAGGUGCAAAUGGUAGGAUUCCAGACCGCACUUUAGGUCGGGGCGCAUCUUCAUCUGCAGCUGAGUCGGCUGGAUAUCUAGGAGGACCGUACGAUACGUCUCUAUUGGUGAAGUACGGGCAUCAUGUUGCUCGGCAUUUAUGGUUUGGUGAGUGCUGGAUUCACGAGUACUUUCCAAUUGUUGGAAAAAGAGGGGAGAAUUGGAAACCAGCUGAUAAUUGUGGUCUUCCUCGAGCGAUGAGAUGGUCGUAUAGGCAAAGAGUCCUGCAGGUUGAUGAUUUACAACCUAUUUUGGACGAGCUGACACCUGCCGACGUCAUAUGGCGUCCAUUUCAGGAUCAUAGAGCAUGA